AGAGGAGCAAGAAGAAACCUGUGUGAUAAGCACACACCCAUGCACACACACACACACACACAGCUACACCCACACACACACACCUCUCCGCUGCAUGCACCAAGGUUCCUGCUGUUUCUCAUUCUCCACAGGUCAAAGGGAUUUUCUGUGAAAGCUACAUGUCACACAAUACAGCCACCAUGCAUGAGCCAACAAAAGGUAAGAUCUCCGCAGGUAAUGUAGUACCGCUCUCUCUCUCUCUCUCUCUGUCUUCUCCCGCUCUGAGUGCUCUAUUGUCACUUUCAGUUUCAUUUACUAAUGGAAACAAACAGUAGCAUGGGUGGAAAACCUUUUUGUCUAAGAUACCAAAGUUCAUAUACAUUAGUAUUUAGCUAAAGCAUUAUCUUUGUCAAUAUAAAAACACAUUCACAAAUAGUAUCAUUGUCUAAAAAACCUCUAGGGAUCUUACAAAGAAGCUUAUAUCCAAGACAUUUAGAUGGAAACCUAGACAGUUCUAAAGGUAAGUGAGCAAUUUAAAAAAAUCAAAAUGGAGCAAAUUUUUUUUUAACACGGCUAAAUUUUGGGUCACAGAGUUCGUAUGUAAACAUUGUCAAACUGGUUUUCCAACCAUCACAAAUGCUAGCAGAGCUAGCACCACCAGCCUUUGAUUACACGUCUGUGCUUGUUAUACAUUGCUCUAGCCUGGCAGUAACACGCCAGUUAACUUCACACAGCCUAUCUCCAUUUUUAGCAUCACGAUACCAAACUAAGCCGCGCUUAGAGAUGCAUAGCUGUUGGAACCAGAUCUGUGAUUAUAAAUGCGUCUAAUUUUGUAUGUAAUGAUUCAGCACUGUGCAAUAAAAAGAGAACCUGAGCUCCCAGGCAGCUAGCAGUCUGCGCUUUCGCACUUAAAUUAGCACUCCACUGCUGCCUGUCUUUAAAUACACUCUAUGUGUUGUAUUCCUAUCACUGAUGUUUGUUUUUAAUGUGUUAACACCAACCUGUUAAUGAGAUUGGUGAAAGAAAUUAGCCACUUGGCCGUAAUCUCGCAUAUUUACAUCUAAAAAAAAAAAUGUAAUGUUCUAGACAAGUGAUAGACAUCUUUCCCUGGUGCUGCUUGUUAUUAUGAUGUUUGUUUAACAUCAUUCCAACAACAUAAUGUGCUGUCAAUUACACAGUUGAUCAUGACAAAUGCAGGUUUACAUUUGCUUUAACCUCCACUAAAAUAGAAGCGAUACGAAAGAAAGUCAAGAUGAGGCUCAGAUCUAUCCUCUGUUUCAUACAGCAAUGAAAACAUAUAGGAGUGAACGUUUCCCUUAUACCCAUGCUGUUGCUCACCUUUACGUCUGUAUGAACCGCUGUCACGGACCUGCUCAGCUGUUGCAGUUUCGGUCUGCGAUAAGAAACUGAAGAGCUAUUUUUUGCUCAUGAUUCAUUGAUCCUGUGAGUUGGUUAGAGCAGAUGCAGUUGUCUCUGUUUUUGUGUGACUCAUUAUUUGAGUGGGUAUGUCAAGUAGUCUUUCAGCUUAGAUUACUUCUAAUGCUUUUGCUAACAGAAGACUUUGUGGAUAAAAUUACGAGCUAAUUAUAUGAUUACAGAACUAAAUAUGAGCCACUGAGUGAGUUAUGUAUUUUGUCUUUUAUUUGCACUUCUCCUCACAGAGGACGUCUAUGCAUAUGCACUGUCCAAGACUCUGACCAAAGUCACAUCACCUGCAACUGUAGGACUCUACUCCUCAUGUCAUAAUCGCAUUAAUGUGAUCCUCGGACGAAUGGAAGGUAAGCUGUCAAUCUCUCUGCACCAACCAUGUUACAUUGUCACUUUUUUCUUCAAUCAGUCAAUAAAAAGAAGAAAUAUGGGACAGUAUGAGGCGUUUAAAAUUCCUACUGGUGCAUCAAAAGGAGAAAAUGACCUUCAAAUAAUUCAUAUUCAGUGUUUUCACGCCCCAGUGUUGGCUGUAAACAUAACUGCAGAGUGUGAAAUUAUGGUAUGUUGCCUGUAGAAACUGCACCUGUUAGCAGCAGAAAUGCUGUGGCAGCAUGUAGUGCCACAGGCAUGGAAAACUUUCAGAAGACGUGUUGAAGAAAAAGGUCAGCAGGAAGUGUGGAAUGGUGGUAUUAGUUUACAAAAGAUGGUUGAAAACAGGAAAAAGCAGAAAAAGGGAAAUUCAUGUUAGGUGGAAACAAGAAGUUCAAUAAGCUGGCUUCUCUACAUGAAACGUAGAAGUUUUACAGUUAGGUGUUGGGUGAAUUACAGAGAGAUCCAAAAACCUAUAAGCAAACUUACAUAUUGAUGAAUCCUUACAUUUUCUACAAGGAAGUGAACUAUUUUACCUAUUACUCUCUAUCUUAAGAGAACCAAACUACUCCUCUAGGCAAAAUGAUACAAACCUGUUUUUACUUCUUCCAUGCUGUACAGCUAACCAAAGAUGACAGGCAGAACAACAAGUUUCACAAGAAAACCAGGGAGAACCCUUUUUGUCACAGGUCAGAGUCCUUGGAAAUAACAAAACAAGAAAAUUAGAAAAGCUUGUGUUGUCAAUAAAAUGUAUAAGCCCUACUGAGAAAUCAAAAAGAGAUCAACAUCAAAGUAUCAAGUUUAUUUGCACUGACUCAGCUGCUGCUGUCAAAUAAUCACAGUACUGUGUUUUGAACCUAGAAAUGAACUGUGCGGCACCUCUGAGCUUGUGCUUUAAUGAGACUUUCACCACUCAAUGAUUGAUUUAAAGGUGGACAUUGUGUUUCUGGCCUGCAGGCUUUCAGGGCUCUCUGUGGCCUAAGGCAGGGUUUUCAAAGUAAGGGUCACAGCCCCCCUGGGGGUCACCGGGAGCGGUAAGAUGGUAGCAGAGACUUAGAAGGAAGAGAAGGGAAGAAAAACAAAACAAAACACAGACACAAAAUAAGAGACGCCAACCAGAAUCAAGCACCUACUAUGAGCGACUGUGAUCUUUCAUUAAGUUCUGUUUCCACUGAAAACUAUUUCUUCUCAAAGUGGGAAAGUUUCUUGAAAGUAAAAGAUGACCAGGUGACCAGACGAGGCACGACUCAGCUGCAACAAAACCACAAACAUAUUAAUAUGAGUAGCGAUGACUCAUCAGUAAUAAGAUUCACUGCAGCAAAUAAGAAUGGCCAGAGUUGUUUUGAGUUGACUUGUUUGAUAUGUUUUAUAUAAAAGCAAUCCAGCCACUAGAAGAUAAUGUGCCACUCUCAGAGACUCUUCGAAUUACAUUGUCCUACAUUUCCCUCAAUGAAAAAUUAACAGAGAAAACACAAACAGAAUCCAGAGGUUGAACUUUACUAACUCUUGAGCGUACUCCUCCUCAUGAAAAACACACAACCAGGUACAACCUUGAACUUAAGUGAAAACAGGUAUACUCUUAAAAAAUGUGAGAGUUAAACGCCAAAAAAACAGCCAUUCAUCUGAAUUUCAUCUAUGGCUGAAUGAAAGUAGAGAGGUCGAUUUGCAUUAAAAGGUUGGAACAUGAAAUCACACAUUUCCAUUUUGUAAAGCGGUAACAUCGGGUGAACCAAGCGAAGCGCGAUUCUUUCAGUGGAGAGCUCCAAAAAGGAGAGAAAGGUUUAAGGUUGUUUCUUUGUGUUCUGCAGAAAGUCUCGCAGUAUACAAGGUGUACUGUAGGCUUGCAUAAUGAGCUCCCAAACCAUGGCAAAAUCUAUUGCACAUGCGGAACCAAAUUCUAUGCUCUUAUAGUAAUGUUCAAAUAAAAAUAAGGAAAUGAGUGUUUCAUGGCGUACAAUAACAGCUGUCUUAGGCUAUCAUGGAAUUAGUUAUCAGUAACUUAAGAGGAGCCUCAUUUAUAGCAGGUGCUGAUGAUUUUGACACUUCAACGAAAUUACACCAGCAUAUUAUACAGUUGAAAUUCACUUGAAUAGCAGCCAACCCCAUGCAAUCCUUCACAAAAACUAAGCAACAACAACAACUCCAUAAAUCACUAAAGUUAAAGCACAAAAGAAUCCUCCAGCAGUAAACAAAGACAACCAAAGCACUGCUAGAAAGACAUCGCAAUUCACAGCACAAGCAAGCCAGCCACUGCGUGCCUGCUCUAACAUCAGCCCAGAGCACAUAACACUAGACAUAAGACGCUGACUUUCAACAAAAUGCAUACUUACAGUUUCGCUGCUCCUUCAUUAGGCAGUCUUCGUCUUCAUCAACCCCCUCAUUGUCCUCAUCAUGCACCAUCUGGGGCAACAUCAAGACUUAGUAUUACAACCACUGACAUUAUCCACUUUCCCUCAUUUCUUAGUGAUAUAAACAGUCAUGCAGCUUCCUAAUGAGCUACAUUUAGCUUUGACACUCGACAUCAUUUAGACAUUUUGAAUCCCAUUAAUAGGACACUUAGAUUAAGUGCUACAGUAAUACAAGUAAGAAUUAUAGUUGUUUAUGGUCCCCCAUGCAUGCAAUCAGAACAGCCUGCAGCCAUAUGAACCAAGCGGUUAUACUAAACAAGCAGCAUGGGUCAGCGGGUAUCACUUCAAUUAACAUAUUAUGUGAGCAAAACUAUAUAUCUAUAUUUAAUGUCUCUAUAUGUAAGUAUUACAUUAUUUUGGCAUAAAUAUUCUGAAGGGUGCAGGGUUGACUAUUAAUUUUUAAACUUGCAUUUUGCUUUACUUGAAUCAAUUUGACAUAGGGGAGCGUGGGGUAAGAUGAGCCAUUUUUUUAUAUCACUACAUCAAGGCAAUCAUAGUUUUGUCUCUAACUAGUGUAAAACCAACAGAAUGAGUGUAAACAUAACUGUCUUGAUAAUACAGCAUGCCAAAAAAAAGUGGUCUCCUAUGGUCAAUUUACCUGUGUAUGGGGUAAGUUGACCAUAGGAGCAGGGUAAGUUGAGCCGUAUCCCUACUACGACCUAUUUUUUUUGUAAAUAAGCCCCUUCACCCAUGUGCUUCUAACCUUCACGGACUCCAAGAAUUGAUGUCCAUCUCCUAAAUAUUUGGUCACAUGAUCAAUUUAUUUUACCAUUUCCUAGCAACAGGGGGUGGCUCAACUUACCCCACUCUCCCCUAUUCUAAUAUAGGGAUAUGUACAGUAUCUCUACAGAUAACUCAGGCUCAAAAGACUUAUGUACAUCUGUCCCAAUACCCACAUGUUGUUUUAUGUGUUAAUAUUGUUUAACAGCCCGGUCACUUACACUGAUCCUCUCCUUCAGGUUACUUGAAGCAGGAGACUUCAAGGAUUGAGGAGGAACAUGGAGACAAGUCCAAAUCAUGCACAAGUCCUUCUUCAAUCACGGGCUUUUUUGCUCUCAUUGGCCGACUGCUCUUCUACAGACCCAUUUGGACUGAGGAGAACCAGAACCACCACAACAUACGGUUCAUUUAUGUGGAUUUCAGUGCCUGGCACUUUGCAGGCAGUGACCUGCUGUGGGCCGGGAUCGUCAUCCGGCUCUUACACACCAUGCAGUGGAGCUUUGGGAAGUUAACACUCGUGCUGUACCGAGUCGCUCAGCAUGAUGAAGAGGAGGACGUCCUGAAGAAGGUUGGUGAACUGUAUGAACUUUUCUGUCUUUAAACUACGGCAGAAUUGCGCCUUGAGGCUAAAGAAGUAUCACUUCCUUAUAUGGCGAUCUUUUCCGCCUGUGUGUUCGGUUUGGCGCCAUUCAGCCUUUUUCUGUUUUCUAGCGGGUAUGAGCGAUCACGUGAUUGACGUAGUCUACGUCCGCCUGAUGCGUGGUUAUUUAUUUAUUUAUUUAUUUGACAGUUAGGCUAUGUUAAUCUAAAAAGAAAUUAAGUUGGAAAGAUUAUUCAAACCGACUUAAAUGUUGACAAACAUAUUUACCUGACAUCAUACCCUCCAACACUCUCGUUUUUCCCGGGACUCUCCCGUAUUCCAGUUUCCUGUGUUUCUGCUGAGCCUCACAGACACUGGAUUGAUACUUUUACUUCAAAGUUUGGGAUAAUUCAGGUCGGUUUAAGCUGUAAACUAUAUUUAAACGGUGUAUUGUUGCAAAAUGAACACUUAAAUGAAAGGGAAACAAAUGUGAGAUAUAAUAUUUACUUUAAUAGUCUUUCACGUGUUGGAGUGAUGCGUUCAGGGCAGCCUCAGAUAAAAGAGUGCUGUAUUGCAGGCACAGAUGUUCAGAGAGCCUCAUACAGGAGAGAGCAUGUGAAACAUAUGAGGACUUUAUCAAACAUAUUAGUGGACUAAAUAUGUUCAAGGCAUAUUGUAGCUAUUAUUUUGUAUUACCAUUUGUUAUUGUUAAAACAAAACAAGAAAGUGUGCAGCUUCACUUAUACUUAUUUGGAUUAGCAAUUUAAUGACAAAUACUCUCAUAAUUAGUUCAUAUCCACCACACUAGGUAACCCCCAAUCUCCUGGAUUUUAUAACCCAAAUAUUGUCAGGUAUGCCUGACAUAUCUCCCACUGGGCAUUUUUUUUUUGGUGUAAAAGAGGUCCAAUAGAUGAGUAAAUGUAGCCUAGACCAGUGGUUCUCAAUUGGUCUCACUCUGGGACCCAAAUUUUCCCAUGGUCCGUAAGGCACGACCCACUCAGGCCAUGUUAAUAAGAAACCGAGGAGGACCACAACAUAACGCCUGCCUUUCAAAAUAAGCUAUUUUGAAUAAGCAAAUAAGCAUCACAUGCACAUUCAAUUUUUACUUUUUUGACCAGCUGUUCACAACCCAUCCAGAACAUGGCCGCGACCCACUUUUCAGUCGGGACCCACCAGUUGAGAACCACUAGCCUAGACGACUGGUCUAAAAUCAGGCUUCCACGGGUCUAAAAAAAAAAGUUUUUUUAGAAGUCUAAAUUUAGACCAAGUUAAGACCGAGUUUAAAUCUGGGCUAUAUCUAUACCACACUGUGUAUUGCUCAACAGUUAUCAUAAUUAUUUUGUUUUUAAGUACUUGUAGAUCAGUUUUGCAACUCACAGUUGCUUUUUAGAUAAAUAGUUAUCGAAUAAUGGGUUAAAGUGCAACGUCUAAAUUCUCUCAUAAAAUGUACAGAAUCUAGACGUUUGAAAUUAGGCCUGUCUAAAAAAAAAAAAUUAGACGUCUAAUAGCCGUCUAUUGCUCAGUGGGCUACUUAUUAACCUCCUGAUGAGAGAGUUCAUGGUUGAAACAGGGCUGCCAUGCCCUUUAGGGUUAUCUCAAUGUGAUUUCUGUUUUUAGACUAACUGCAGUUUCACAUAUGGCUGCUGUAAAAGACCUUGUGAGUCUCUUCUUAAGACUGUCUCCAAAAGCCAAGAAGUUUUUGUGAUAAAAUGUCAAUUUUAUUACAAGAUGUCAAGACAUUCACAGGCUGAUGCAAGAAAAUUUUUUAUUUAGCCUAUAAUAACAAGUGGUAACUCUUCUAUGAACUCUCUGUUUUGAUUAUACUGACGCUAUAAUAUAUGAUGCACCAUAGAUUAGCUGUUUUAAACAAACAGUGCUGCUUAACAUGUUGUGUUCUCUGCUUUUUCUUUGUCUUGUGUUUCCAGUUGCUUCACAUCUUUUGCACAUUAUUGUAAAUAUUUUAAUUCUGUACCUAGUGAGGCUGACUGCAGACAAAUCACACCAACGUGUCCCUCUUUUGUUCUGUUUUUUCUUUUUUAGAAAUUGGAGAAUAAGGCUUACGAUUGGCGGUCCAAAAAGAUUUGCCUCUGCCCUCUGUGGCUUUUCCUCAUCAUUAUUAUUAUGAUACCAGUUGUGUUCCUGGUAGUCCUGUUGACUUUUGGGUCUCCGAAACCUGAUCUGGAAACAGGCGAUGAGGAAAAUCCGUCAGAUGGCCAGAAGGGUGUGACAGGUCUGUUAAUCGCUGCUAUAGGACUCCCUGCGGUGAGUGGUCUGAGGUUUGUCUACAGUAUCGCGAAAAACCUCAUCUUCAGCGAAGAUCUGAACAUCAAGAGCGGGAUGGAUAAUGAGAAGGUCAGCAGUAAACUGGGCUUCAUGGAUGAGGUAAGAAAGGAGAUGUGGUUUCUUACUCGUUUCAUCGAGUUUAUGGAGGUGUUUGAGAGGAGAAGGAUCCGGGUGAUACUGAAGAUCACCGAUCUGGACCGAUGUUCCCCGAAGAAAAUCAUUGCAGUGCUAGAUGCAAUUAAUAUUCUCCUUUCUAAUGAAGACAGUCCAUUCAUUUCCAUUCUGGCCGUCAACCCAGAAGUUCUUGUACGAAAGGUGAACUUUGCAGAUGGUAUUUUCAGCAAAGAGGACAGAGCUUAUGCUCUGUUGAACAGCAUCGUAACCCUGACCUUCACAGUCCCACCGCUCAGCGAUGAUUCAAAGAACAGGUUGUUUAAGAGCCUGAUCAGAAAUUCAAAAACAAGGAGGAAGGAUGGACGCAGAAGUGAGGGUCUUGAUAAGAAAGCUUCCUCUGAUGUAUCUAUAGUGGAGAUUGUGUUGGAAUCCAAAAAGUCAAAACCACUGAUUGAUAAAAGUCCACCAGCACCGGUUGUAAAUGAGGAAGAUGUAGAGGAGUUAGUGAAGAAGAUACUGACCAGCAAUGGAAGGAAACUAAACCAGUACAUGUUGGAUGAUACCAUGUCUAUGAGAAGGGUGAUCAAUUCAGUCCGAGUCACCGUGAUCAUCAUGAAAGCGCUGGAAAAAGAGCUUCCUCAACAGGACUAUAUUGCAGCAUGGGUGGUCUUGGCCAAUGAGUGGCCCUGUCGCCUCAGCUGGAUCAUCCAGUGUGUGGAGGAUGCCGAGCAGAGAGCAGCCAUUGAUGGUAAGAAGGUGGCCGACACUGAUGAGUCAAAGACCUUGUGGGAAGUCUUCAGGGAGUCCAAGGCAGAGCUCUAUGUGAUGAGUUCACAGAUUGAGGAGCUUCUUGAUCAAGAUGAGGAUCCUGAGAUGUUUGAAAGGUUUCUCCAAGUAGAUUUUCCAUUUACCAUAAAGGAUUUGAAGGCCUUUGAGGAGAUAACUGUGAACCUGGAUCACUCAAUCAGGAAGGAGCUGGCUCAGAUCAGAGGGACAUCCAGGCUGAAAGAUCUAGGGUGGAUGAGGGACCUUGCUCCUCUGCCAAUCACAACCAUCAUCAAAAUGAGCAAAGAGGAUGUUUGUGAAGAGGUAAGAAACGAAUAAACAUUUCAGGCAGGGUGGAGUUGAGGGUAUCCAUGGUUACUGGCCGUAGCAACAUAUGUUGUGUUAUUACAGAAAACAAAGCUUGAGCAGCCACUACCACAAAAGAACAUGUUGUGUAGAUGAUCAGCCAACUACAAACUCAUUUUCUUUGAAAUUUGAGAAUCAGCCGGUAGUUAUUUAUUUCAUUAUACCAUGAGCAACAACAGGAUAAUUUUCACUCAGCAUGAAUACCUGUCUGCACAGCAGAAGGGCACAGUGGAUUUGGUUUCCCUGCUGAGCAGUUUGAGGUGUACAGCUUGUUGCUGGCGGCUCUUCGUUGAAACGCUGAGUGUGGCUGCUCUUUCCUGGUCUGUUACUUCCUUGCAGUAUUUAACUUAAUGUACCUCAAAACCAUGCACUAAAACUUGUAUUUCCAUUGACAUCUUUACAACAAAUGAGGCCUCGUGUGUCGCCAUCCAGAUUCCUCUGAUUUAAGCUGCGGUGUAAUAGACACAGAGGUAGUUGAGGCAACAGCAAACAUUAAGGCUGUUAUCUGCCUAUGUGUAAUGCUUAAGUACAUGUUGCAUCAUGGCCUGUGAAUCCCUUAGCUUUGGUUGGCAGUUUUAAUCAACUCUUCCACCCAUGAGAACAUUACUUUGAGAGCUAGAUGAAUGACUGCAAAAACCUUCAAUGGCAUUUCUAAAAACACUGAUAAAAUGCAUCAAUAAUUGAGUUUAAUUCCACACGCAUUUCAGCCAAAGUGAAACAUUUGGGGAAAUGUUGCUUUAAUAGUUUUUUUUACCUCACAAUCUGGUGCAAACUAGAACUGAUGGGCUUGAUAAUUCAACAAAAAUGGGACUGCAGAUCAAUCAAUUAAGAGAGAAUCUCGACUGUAUUGAUAACAUCAAAAAUGUUCUUCUUCUUCCCAGUUGAUGAGGUUGGAUUACCCUGAUAAGUAUUUUGAUAUUGUGAGAAGCAAUAACCUCAAUGGUUCGGCACUGGUCUUUGGUGAUGCAGAUGACCUUAAGAAUCUCCUGAAUAUGACAUUUGGUGAAUGGGCAACAUUCAGACUGCACUUCCUUCCACACUUACCAUCCCGUCUCGGACCAGCACACAAGAGAACACCAACAAUGCUUUCCCACCCACAGAACCAGAUGUCUAGGUUUUAUGCAGCCCAUCAUAACUCCUCCAACUCCAGUCUGGCAAAAAAAUGAACAUAACACUUCAGCUUCAGUAAGUCUGAUAUCUCUAAUGCUGUGUUUUUAAUGCAUAACAUUUUAUAACAUACGAGUUAGCACCUGCUCUCUAUUUAAACUCUAUCAAGCCAUGCCAUGUUCUGUGAAAAGAGUAUAUUAUGAAACAACACAAUUGCACAUUUAUAUGUUAAUGUUUUAGAGAAGGUAGAAAUAGAAACUAAUCAGGAAGACAAGAAGCUGUGAAAUGUUGGCCAGUGAAACUAUAACCAUCAAAACCGUAGCCUCUUAAUCGUCUUUGAUAUUUUAAAAUGUAUUUCAAGAGCAUUUCUAACAUUUUGUAUUAUUAAAUAUACAAAAAAACUCUUUUACCUCUUUUAAUGAUGUACUGUCUUCUCCACUGUGACAUACUAUAUAUGACUGUAUUUAUCCAACCAGAGGAGUGUUACUCUCUGUUAUGGCUUCCUCAAGGGCUCCAACUGUG